CAGCUGCUCAGCGGCGCUAGCUGCUAAGCUAGUUCAGGUAAUCUGUCAGCCUGCAGCUAAAUCCACGUACACUGCUGGGCUUUACACUCUUCCGGAAUACUCUCCUUUCAUGGCUGAAGAAGACCCUCUAAUGUGAUUUCAACUUGGCGCUUGUGAUCAAGGACAGACUUGCUGUCCAUGCUGCCACAGUGGAUAUGCAGUGACUCUGCUGCUGAGAGAGGAAUGACAUUUGUCUCAUUGUAAUUCCUGGAGCUGCUUUGGGAACAGUUUGGGCUUGAUUAAAAAAAACAAAAACAAAAAAAACAGAAAAAAACAAAGUUGCUGCUCAGAGCCAAGUUGGUCUUUUUUUCCACAGCCUGCUCUUUUACACUUUCACUGCCUAGUGUGCAAACUGUUAUGGCCCUUGGGGCCAACUGAGAAAAAGGGGACUCUAACUGUAGUGGAUUAGACUCUGCCGUGGAAAAGGGACUGGACCAAGAGAGCAGGCCCACAGCAACACGCAUCAUGCUGUGGGUACACUAGGUUCCCUGUCUGAGCCGCUUCUGCGUAUCACUUUUUUUUUUUUCUCUUUUCCUGCAAUCUCAUUGAUUUGGAUGGUUGAGCACAAGGGCCACUUUGAAGGAGACCACCGGUGGCUGUGGUUUGGCCAGAGCUGUCAGACUUCUUGCCAGCUAUUACUAAUUUAGUACCCUUGUCCACUGCUACUGCUGCUGUAACCUCUUCACUGUGGUCUCCAGCAUGGUGAGUGGAGGCUGGAGGCAUCACAGGAGUGGAACUGAACCAUUAAUACUGGUCUAGUUGGUUAUUUUCCAACCUUUUUUUUUUUUUCUUCCUUAUCUUUUCUAUUGUAAAUGAUUGCAUUCCAAUUUUCUGGACCUUUUCCUCUGUACUGAAAAAAACUAAACUUCAGUCAAGGUCAUUUUUUUUUUUUUUUUAAUUGAAAGCCUGGAAAGAAUAUUGCUUCAGAGGAGGAUGAAGCUGAGGAAACAGGUGACGGUGUGUGGAGGGGCCAUAUUCUGUGUGGCUGUGUUCUCACUUUAUCUGAUGUUGGAUCGCGUCCAACAUGACCCUGCACGGCGACAGAGCGGCGGGAACUUUCCACGGAGCCAAAUUUCAGUCCUGCAGAACAGGAUUGAGCAGCUGGAGCAGCUCCUGGAGGAAAACCAUCAAAUCAUCAGCCACAUAAAGGAUUCUGUGAUGGAGCUCACAGACACAGGAGCUGUCUCUCCCAGUGGCCACCUGCCAUUCAGAAGUGCCAACGGUUCCUGGGUCCUACCCUUCGAUGGUCGUCCCACUUUCCUUGCUGUUAAGCCGCAGGAUUGUCAGUUUGCUGUAGGCAACAGAGAUCAACCAGACGUCCAGAUGCUGGAUGUGUACUCCCUCCUCAAAUUUGACAACCCUGAUGGUGGUGUGUGGAAGCAGGGCUUUGACAUCACUUAUGAACCUAAUGAGUGGGAUAACGAACCACUGCAAGUAUUUGUGGUCCCUCACUCACACAACGAUCCAGGUUGGGUCAAGACUUUUGACAAGUAUUUCACAGACCAGACGCAACAUAUUUUAAACAACAUGGUGGUGAAGCUGGCUGAGGAUCCUCGCAGGAAGUUCAUCUGGUCUGAGAUUUCAUUCUUCUCCAAGUGGUGGGAGACUGCAGAUGUACACAAACAGGAGGCAAUGCGCAAACUGAUCCUCGGAGGACAGCUAGAGAUCGUGACAGGAGGCUGGGUGAUGACGGAUGAAGCCAAUGCUCACUACUUUGCCAUGAUAGACCAGCUCAUUGAAGGGCAUCAGUGGCUGGAGAGUAAUCUAGGUAUAACUCCUCGCAGCGGGUGGGCUGUAGACCCGUUUGGUCACAGUGCUACUAUGCCCUAUCUACUGAAGAGGGCCAACCUGACCAGCAUGCUCAUCCAGAGGAUCCACUACUCCAUUAAAAAACAUUUUGCCUCCACCCGAAAUCUGGAGUUUAUGUGGAGGCAGGCCUGGGACAUGGGGUCAAACACAGACAUGUUUUGCCACAUGAUGCCCUUUUAUAGCUACGAUGUACCUCACACCUGUGGACCUGAUCCAAAGAUCUGCUGCCAGUUUGACUUCAAGAGGUUACCAGGCGGAAGGAUAAACUGUCCCUGGAAAGUGCCACCAAAAACUAUUGUGGAAGCCAACGUAGCAGAGAGGGCACAGCUGCUCCUGGAUCAGUACCGUAAAAAAUCGAAACUGUACCGCAGUAAGGUGCUCCUUGUUCCUCUGGGGGAUGACUUCCGCUACGAUAAAGCCCUUGAGUGGGAUCAGCAGUAUAUCAACUACCAGAAGCUGUUUGACUACAUGAAUUCUCACCCUGAGAUGCAUGUACAAGCACAAUUUGGGACUCUCACCGACUACUUCAACGCCGUAUACAAAACAAACGGCGUGGCCCAGGGAUCCAGGCCGGCAGGCUACCCGGUGCUCAGUGGAGAUUUCUUUGCCUACGCAGACCGUGAAGACCACUACUGGACUGGCUAUUUUACCUCCCGACCCUUUUACAAGAGUAUGGACCGCAUCAUAGAGUCCCAUCUCAGGGGGGCAGAGAUCCUCUACAGCCUGGCAGUCGCAAAUGCUAGGCAUGCGGGCAUGGAAGGGCGUUACCCGGUUUCGGAUUAUUCCCUGCUAGUGGAUGCCAGGCGCUCGGUCGGCCUCUUCCAGCAUCACGACGCCAUAACUGGCACAGCAAAAGAAAAUGUUGUCAUCGACUACGGCACCAAAUUACUGCGGUCACUUAUUGGUCUGAAGAGAGUGAUCAUUAAUGCUGCUCAUUUCCUGGUGAUGAAGAACAAAGAGUUUUAUCGCUUUUACCAGACGGAGCCUUUUCUGGAGACGGAUGACAGGCGUGCUACUCAAGACUCUAUGCCUCAGCGCACUUUAAUCGAGCUGGACCCUGCAGGACCAAGGUACCUGGUUAUGUUCAACCCAGUUGAGCGAGAGAGGCUAUGCGCGGUGACCGUGUUGGUUAACACAGUCAGGGUUCGGGUGCUUACUGAGGAUGGACAGACGCUUCCAGUACAGCUGAGUGCUCAGUGGAGCUCUGCGAGUCAGAUGAGUGCAGAGGUGUUUGAGGCGACAUUCAUGGUUCGUCUGCCGCCUCUCGCUCUGGCUGUUUUCCAUCUGUAUGACUCUCCGGACUCGCCCAUGACACUACGUUCGGACACUCUGCUCAGGCUAUCCGGUCGGGGUGUUGCCGCCCGAGCUGUGGACCCGCUUCCUGUCCGCUCUCAGCAAGCCGACUCUCAGACCUUCUACAUCAGCAGUCAGUCUCUAACGCUAGGCUUCUCCGGAACCACCGGGCUGCUGGAGAGUAUCAAACGCAAGGAUGAUCCUCAGGAAGUGAAGGUUCAGAUGCAGUUCAUGGUGUACGGCACUCGUCCCUCUAAAGACAAGAGUGGCGCUUACCUCUUUCUGCCAGAUGGAAAAGCAAAGCCUUACCACCAGAAAGAGCCACCUGUGGUGCGAGUUGUUGAGGGGCCUCUUUUCUCUGAGGUGGUGGCACACUACCAGCACUUUCAACAAACCAUCCGCAUCUACAAUGUGCCAGGGGUGGAUGGUUUAUCAAUAGACAUCACCACCAUGGUGGACAUUAGAGAUCAGACCAAUAAGGAGCUGGCCAUGAGACUGGUCACUGACAUCCAGAGUGGAGAGGUCUUCUACACAGACCUCAAUGGCUUCCAGAUGCAGCCUCGCCGACACUACCUGAAGCUGCCCUUGCAAGCCAACUUCUAUCCUAUGCCCAGCCAGGCGUACAUCCAGGAUGGCAACUACCGCCUCACGCUGCACACGGCUCAGGCUCUGGGUGUCAGCAGCCUGGAGAGUGGCCAGCUCGAAGUGAUUAUGGACCGACGACUGAUGCAGGAUGAUAAUCGUGGGCUGGGUCAGGGCUUGAAAGACAACAAGAAGACGGCCAAUCGUUUCCGGCUGCUGCUGGAGAGGAGAUCCGCCAGUAACAAGAUGACUGACAGUGCAACAACCAGCUUCCCAUCUGUACUCAGUCACAUGACCAACGCCAUGCUGAACCAUGAGGUGCUGGCCUUGCCUGUUCUGCCCAAAAGACGCGGCAUCCCUCCUCUGCAAACCUUUGCUCCCCUCAAGUCCAUCCUCCCCUGCGACCUCCACCUGGUGAACCUCCGCAGCAUCCAGAGCCAGCAGGACCCCCAGUCUCCCUCUCCAUACACCGCUUUGAUUCUUCACCGUCUCGCGCUGGACUGCGGCUUCGAGGCUCAGAACCUCGGAUUCAACUGCACCACCACUCAGGGACAGCUGAGUGUGUCGGCUCUGUUCAAGAACCUGGACCUACAGCUGCUUCAGCCCAUGUCACUAACUUUGAUGCACUCCGGCACGCCUCUGGCCAACAACACCACCAUUACCCUCGAUCCCAUGGAGAUCUCUGCCUUCAAGCUCAAGCUGCGAUAAGAACAGUGCUGAUCGAAAGAAACCCUCUAAGACUCCUCGGACCAACAACCAGCUCCCACGCUGAGCGUGGGCUGGCAAUGGAGGGGUCUGGGUCUCUCUGUUUUUUGGUUUUGUUUUGUUGUUUUUUUAAAGUAGAACCACAAACACUACAGCAUGGAGAGGUAGGGUCCACUGUAACAGGACUGACUGCACAGCAGGGGGCAGCCGACAGCCGUUACUGCAGACGACUCAAAGAGCAGCAGAACCCGGGUGAACUUUUAGCUGUUCCAAAAUGACAAAGACGGCCAGAAUCACUCAUCAGAUUCAGCCGGGUGUCUGUUCAGUGUCUGUGGUCAAAAAAUGAAGGGUUCUCCUUUACAAGGAGUUUCUUUUUUUAUCUCUGCUCCAUCCUGCACUGAACUACUGAAUGUAAAUAUUCAAAAUGACAACAAAAAAAAGAGCCCGGGACACGUGCCACAUCAGAGUGCAAUUUGCAAAGCUUUAUUUAGAAAAUGGGUUCUUAAUUUUUUUUCCCCCCACGUAUGCAGACAGUGUUUUGAUUUUGAACCCUUAGGUUGACUGACAUUUUUUUCCCUUGUUUUUGACAGUCUCAGUUGCAGCAAAGAGAAUGUGAGGUCUUUUUUUUUCUCAACUCACCAGGAGACAGAAGCUGCGAAUCCUUACGCUGCCCGAUUCCCACUUUGGUCACUAUGUGAUAACCGUGUGAUCAUUAAUCAUACUGGGUGACUGUUUACCUGUCCACUGUUUCCCCUUGUAGAUAGGAGACUUUCUUUUUCCUCUUCCUGAGCUUCCUCUUCGCGGAUGAAAAAUGUGUGGAAAGACUGAAUUUCAAGCUCCUGUUGGUCGUUCCUGUGCUCGUACUUCACUGUUGAGAGUUUGGGCUUUAUGUACCAUACUGUAUGCAGUAGAAGAUUAGACAAAGACUAUACCUCAUAUAUACCAUGCAGCAGAUAUAUUGGUACCUGUGUGUCUGUGGAGUAUGUUUAUGUGAAUAUAUGAAGGUUUUGAUUUUUUUCUCUUUUAAAUGGGAGCGUUUUCGAGGUGUACACUUUCAGGGACCAUCCAUAAUACUGUUGGUUAUCAUUAAUUAAUGUGGGUGUCUGUCAAGCAGUGCCUCAUUUCAUUGAAGGAAAAUGAUUCACAUUGUCGGGAAAUAUCACAAAUUGAGUGGUCAGUUCAUCCAAAUUAUAAAAGCAAAUACUUUUAUUUUUUUAUACUUCUAGUGGUGUGCAAACUGUUGAAGGAUGUUCUUUUGAUUUGCACCUUAUAUGAAGAAAAAAAAAUACAACCCCAAACGAUCAAUCAACUGAGGCUUUGGGGGUUUAAUAAUAUGUGGCCAUGCAGGUUGUUUUGAAAAAUCUGUUCAGGGCUUCUAUGAAGUUACUUUCAUUAUGGCAAGGCUGUUAAACUAUCAUCACCAUUUCCAGAGCCCAAGGUGACUCAGUUUUAUUGCACUUUUUGUUUUGUGUAAUGCUCUGUCCAGAUUCCCAGAAAUAUUAUGUUCAUUAAGACUUCGAACUGUAGCAGAUAGUGACAUUUUAAAAAGCUAAGUAGAAAAGAAUGUUUCUCAAUUUUAUUUUAUUUUGUUUCGUCUAAUCAUGGAUGGCACAGUGACUAUUACGCUCCAAAAUGUCGCUCAGAUUUCUGCCACACCACCCCAUUACAGCUAUUUUAAUUUGAUUUUUUAUUUUUUCCCCCAUUGACUGCUGCUUUAAAAUUGCUGCUGCAAUCUUGCCGCAGCAACAAAAGAGGACGGCUGAUUUAGAGUAUGAAUGCAAGACCUCCGCUGCAAAACACUAAAACUAAAUUGUGGAUCGAGGCUCGGGAACACCCCCGAAAACAAAGGGGGGAAAACAUUUGCUUUGUUAUGUUAUGAUUGCUCGGUUUGGUUUCUUUUGGAGCAUUAUUUCCUAAAAACUUGUCAGUAUACUGAGCAGAAAACAGGAAGCCAUAAACAUGUAGCAUAUGUUGUAUUAAAAUGGGUCUGGGAGCAGAAUUUCAUUGACAUUUAAGAAAGAGAUCUCCAAAGCUCGACUCUUAAUACAAACACUGCCUGCAUAGCUACGUACUACUGAAGUCCAGUUAUGCUUUUGGUCUAAUUUGGGUGAACUGAUCCCCCUCCAAUCCCAAAAACAUCAAGUCUGAUUCUUCAGAUGAGCUGCACUUCUUUGUAUUUGAUCUCCACAGUGUUUCUUACCCCAAGGCUGUCUCCAGGCAAUCAGCCUUUCCUACCCUUAUCUGCUCUUUCACAGCAUCCAUAGAUGAUGAUGUCAUCAGUGUCCAAAGCUUAGGACAGACAUCUCGUAGCCCCCCACCUGUGUCUUAGCCUCACCAUGUCGCGUCACUUUACCCCGUCUCCAUAUUCACUUUUCUUUUUCCUUCACGGGAGGUCUGCUGCUUUUUGCUGCUCUCCUCUGACCUGACGUCUGGCCCGCCACAAUUCAAUACUUUCUGCUCUGGCUCUCACGGUGAGCGGCGCAGAACCCUUCUCUCCCCUCCAGCUGUGGUUAACAUUUCUGUCAGAGCAGAUUUCACUUCAUCUUGCAUCGCACUUUCUCCCCGGUGUCUUAUAACCUUGUCAUAAACUUCUCCCCUGCUGUUUCGAUGUGCGUCUGACUUUCUGUGUAAAUGUCUUUUUCUUUUUUCUCUCCUCUCUUGUAGCACUGUUUUUGUUUGUUCAGAGGUAAUAUAUGAAAGUCUCUACUUGCAUUUGUUAUUCACGGGGGAUUAACGCUGCAGAAGAACACAAAGAGAUGGGACGCGAAUAAAGAUGAAAACACAAAGUUA